AUGACAUCCAUUUCCCGGCCAUACAGUCGACAGUCGAGUUCGCCCAAAGAGGUCACGCAUGAGGGGUCGGCAGCCAAACGGACAGCCCGUCCGGCGCCGGUAGAGUCGCAGUCAUUCGUGAUGAACCUGUUUUGCGGCGACGGGAAAGUCCAGCACCAGUUCCCGUACCCGCAGGUGUUGACCCCGGAGGACAUACAGCUCGUUGACAUGGUUACCGAACCGCUGACCAAGAAGUGGGUGCCGGAGGACGCCCUCCGGUUCGAGGCGAACGAGAAAUACGAUGACACCCUCUGGGAUCUGCUCAGAGAGAUGGGCAGCUUUGGCAUACAGGUGCCGCCCGAGUACGGGGGCAUCGGGUGUAAUAACACACAGUACGCCCGGUUGGGUGAACUCAUGGGUCGGUACGACCUGAGUCUGGGGGUCGUGUUGGGCGCCCACCAGUCCAUUGGCUUCAAAGGCAUACUACUGUUCGGUACGGACGAGCAAAAAGCGAAGUUUUUGCCCGAUUUGGCGGCCGGUAAACGAGUCGCCUGUUUCUGUCUGACGGAGCCCUCGGCCGGAUCGGACGCCUCGGGCAUCAAAACAAAGGCCGAACUCUCGUCGGACGGCAAACACUAUGUACUGAACGGCUCGAAGAUCUGGAUCUCCAACGGCGGGAUCGCCGACGUGUUCACCGUAUUCGCCAAAACGCCGGUGCGAUCCGAGACUACCGGUGAGCUCAAGGAUAAGGUGACGGCGUUUAUCGUGGAGAGAGGGCCGGGACUCACGUCCGGUCCGCCCAACAAGAAAAUGGGUAUAAAGGCGUCCAAUACUACGGAAGUGUUCUUCGAUAACGUGAAGGUGCCGGUGGACAACGUGUUGGGACAGGUGGGCGAUGGGUUUAAGGUGGCCAUGAAUAUACUCAACAACGGCCGGUUCGGUAUGGCAGGUGCUCUCACGGGUGCGAUGAGGACGUGUAUCACUGCGGCCACAGAUCACGCCAACACCCGAACCCAAUUCGGUAAUAAGCUGUCGACCUAUGGGGACAUACAGGAGAAGAUCGCACACAUGUCUGUCCGCCACUACGUCACCGAAUCCAUGGCCUAUAUGUUGAGUGGUGUUAUGGAUAAGGGGUUUACGGACUACCAGUUGGAGGCGGCCAUUAGCAAGGUAUACGCCUCGGAGGCGGCCUGGUAUGUGUGCGACGAGUCCAUACAAAUACUGGGAGGCAUGGGGUAUAUGCGGGAGACGGGACUCGAGAAGUUUUUGCGAGACAUCCGUAUAUUCCGUAUAUUCGAGGGAACCAACGAUAUUCUCCGGCUAUUCGUGUCCCUCACCGGUCUGCAGUACGCGGGCGGACACCUGAAGGAACUCCAGAGGGCGAUGCAGAACCCGGUGGCCAACUUGGGUAUGAUCUUUGGUGAGGGCACCAAACGGUUCGCCCGAUCGGUGGGCCUGUCGAGUGGGCCCUCCCUCCAGGAGUACGUACACCCGCAGCUCAGGGAUGAGGCGGCGCUGGUAUCCAAAGGCAUACAGAACUUCGGGGCGUCUGUGGAGCACCUGUUGAUGAAAUACAAUAAGAAUAUAAUUCACGAACAAAUGCUUUUGAGACGACUGGCCGACGCCGCCAUUGAUAUCUACGCGAUGGUUGUGGUGCUGUCGAGGGCUACCCGUGCCCUCAACGCCAACCUCAACAGCGCCGGCAUCGAGAAGAAUAUCGCGAAUCUGUUCUGUCAUGAGGCUUCGAAGCGGAUCGUCGAUAGUCUGAGUGGUCUUCGGGCGACACAACGGCUGAAGAACUACUCGACUAUGAAGUCCAUCGCAGAGGAGGUGCUCUCCAACGGGGGUGUCGUUCAGAACCACCCCCUCGACUGAACCCACACUCGCUCUCAUAUAUUGUUUUAUUUUUAAAUUACUUUUUCUUUUAUUUAUUUCUGAAACUAUUUUCUACGGAAAACAUUAACUGUUAAACAAAAUCAUGUCUCCAAUG